AUGGGGAAUAUGGAUGGCAAAUCUGUUGAAGAACUGAGUGCCACAGAGUGCCACCAGUGGUACAAGAAAUUUAUGACAGAGUGUCCCUCUGGACAAUUGACUCUACAUGAGUUUAAACAGUUUUUUGGACUGAAAAAUCUGAGUCAAUCAUCAAAUGAAUACAUUGAACAAAUGUUUGAUACAUUUGAUUUUAAUAAGGAUGGCUACAUUGAUUUUAUGGAGUAUGUGGCAGCUCUAAGCUUAGUUCUGAAAGGGAAAGUGGAACAGAAGUUGAAGUGGUACUUCAAGCUUUAUGAUGUCGAUGGGAAUGGCUGUAUUGACAGAGAUGAGUUGUUAAACAUCAUUAAGGCAAUUCGCACCAUUAAUCCAUGUCAAGAAAUCAUGUCAGCUGAGGAAUUCACAGAUAUGGUGUUCAAUAAAAUUGAUAUAAACGGAGAUGGUGAUUUGUCUCUUGAAGAAUUCAUAGUUGGAGUACAGAAAGAUGAGGUUCUACUUGACAUUCUCACCCGUAGCUUGGACCUCAAACAUAUCUUUGAAAUGAUCCAGAAUGAUGGAAAGAACCCUGAAACAUCUGGAAUAUCCACAAAAGAUAAAUAG